AUGCGCAACGCGCUGGUCUUCUCUGCUUCGUUCGCGAUCCUGGAGGGCUGCAUCUCCGCGACGAUCAUCAUCUCACACGAGGUGGUCGAGCACCACCUCGCCUCGUCUGUCAGCGCCGUGCUCUACCUCUUCUUCGCUCUCGGCACGCUCGUGGCGCCGGCGCUCGUGCGGCGCGCCGGAGUGAAGCGCUCGCUGGUCGCGUCGAUGCUGAUGUACGCGGUGUACACGGCCGCGUACAUGGCGCCGAGCCCAACCGUCCUCUACCCCGCCGGAGCGCUCGGUGGCCUCGCCGGCGCUCUGCUCUGGACGGCGCAGGGGGCAUACUACACGACAAGCGCGGCGGGUCUCUUCGCGCUCUUCUUCCAGCUCUCCCUCACCUUUGGUAAGCAGCUGGCCGGUCUCUCCCUCUCCCUCUUCCCGCAGGCAUUGCAGCUCCUCGGCUCUUCAGAGUCGCACCACCGGCGGAGAGACGCCGCUCACAGCGCGCCCCCUUCUUUCCCGCAGGCCCCGCAGCUCCUCUUUGGCGCCUACACCGCCCUCGCCCUCGGCUGCACCGUCGCCAUGUCCAGCGUGAUCGACCUGUCCGCGCGGCCGGGCGAGCGGCAGAGCGACACGGGUCCCGGCCAGCCGCAAGGCAGCGGCGGGGAGGGGAGCCUGUUGGCCACGCUCUGCGACCACCGCUUCGUCCUCCUCACUCCGACGAACGUCGCGUUCGGGCUUAUGACGGCCCUGAGCAGCGGGCCCUAG